AUAUGUAUGUACUGAUUGCAAGCAUUAGGCACACACUAUUCAGUUUCUUAGAAGAAACUUUGUAAUACAAAGGUCUCGAUCUCAUGGCUGACUUUGCAGCAGAUAUGCAGAUGAGCUUUAAACCUGCCUUGUCCUUCUUAGAUAUUGAUCCAAACAUGGACUUAGUGAACCAUUUCCAAGACUUGAAUCCAAGCGUUCUUGACAAUCAUUCAAACUUCAUGAGUUUCUCCAAUGAAGAUUUUCUUAUCCAACAAACACCAGAAUUUCCUGGAAACUUGGAGGAUAAUUUUCCUGCCAUUUUCCAUCGCCAUGACAAGAAUUUCGUGCCGGUUUUGGAGCCCACUAUCUCCCCUGUAAACGAUUUUCAUGAAAUCAAGAAGAGGAAAUUAGUGAUGGAUAUAUCAGAAAGCAGCUCCGCAAACUCGUCUCCACCAGUUUCUAAAAACGGGAUUAAGAGGAAAAAUACUUCAGCAAGAGGAAAGAGAGUGAAAAUAAAUGACAAUGAAGAGAAACCAAAGGAAGUGGUACAUGUUAGAGCCAGAAGAGGCCAAGCUACUGAUAGUCACAGUUUAGCAGAGAGGGCUAGAAGAGGAAAAAUUAAUGAAAGACUAAGGUGCUUGCAAGACAUUGUUCCAGGAUGCUACAAGACCAUGGGCAUGGCAGUAAUGUUGGAUGAAAUAAUCAAUUAUGUUCAGUCCUUGCAGAAUCAGGUUGAGUUUCUUUCGAUGAAGCUUACUGCAGCAAGCACAUUUUACGACUUCAACUCGGAUACAGAUGUUAUGGAAACCAUGCAGAGGGCAAAAGCAUUAGAGGCACAGAAGGUGCAUAUGCCAAUAAAAGAAGGAUAUGGAAUUGCUGCUCCCACUCAAACUCAAGUUGGCCCCUUUGACCUCACUUUUGGCGGCUAUCCCUCAUUGCCAUUUAACACAUGAAGAUCAUCCAUUUCACUCUAAUUUCCAAUUUUCUGAUCAAAAUUGUACUCAGAUCAUGCUAUACGAAGAACGACGCCUGCAAAGUUAUAUAUACUUGUACUAGCCCUCACGAAUUUACAAAUUAUUUAAUAGAAGGCUUAUAAUCUCUCAAAUUUGUCCCAUUUUUCCGAAUUUCCUUUUGAUGUGGAAUGAAUUAGAGAUAAAGAAGAGUGGUUGGUAUCCGAUAGUCUUAGGAAUUAAUGUUUUUAUGCAGUUUGGAGUUACAUUAAACAUAAUAUGAUUUGAUUGGACUUGAAUCAGAGGUGUUGCAUGUAUGUUCAGAUCAGCCAAGCAGAAACUGCUAG